CCAGAGCAACCAGCGGCCUGCGAACUGGCAGUGUCGCCGUCCACAGAAACCAACCCCCGCGAAAUCUUCAAACCCCACGGCGACCGCCAUGCCAAUUUCGCUGCUCCUCUCCGCCCCCCUCCCCUGCCCGCCGCCGCCGCCGCCGCCGCUCCUCCGCCACGGCUGCCGGCGGGUCCCAACGCCCCUCCGCGUCUCCCUCCCGCCCCCGCCGCUCCGCGCGGCCCUCGCCGCCGCCAGUGGCGAUGCUGGCGGGCGGCGGCUCGUGGGGACGCGCUGCGCGCGGGCGGCCGCGGCGGUUGGGGUUCCAGGGGGAGGAGGCGAUGCUGGGAGUGGGGCUGGCACGGGGAUCACCGCGGCUGCGGCGGCCACCGUGGCGCUCGCGGUGAUGAACCGGGUGCUGUACAAGCUUGCCCUCGUGCCGAUGAAGAACUACCCCUUCUUCCUCGCCCAAGUUCUCACGUUUGGGUAUGUUGUAGUGUACUUCUCUAUUCUCUUCGUAAGAUAUCAGGCAGGUAUUGUCACUAAGGAAAUGCUAGCGCUUCCUAAAUCGCGCUUCAUGUUAAUUGGCUUACUAGAAGCAAUGGGUGUUGCGUCAGGCAUGGCUGCUGCAGCUAUGUUACCCGGGCCAUCUAUUCCAGUGUUGUCUCAGUCUUUUUUGGUAUGGCAGCUUAUUUUAUCAGUCAUCGUUUUGGGAAGGAAAUAUAGAGCAAACCAAAUUCUUGGAUGCUUGCUUGUUACAACUGGAGUAAUUCUAUCAGUAGUGAGUGGAGCAAAUGGUGGUUCAUCUCUGUCUGAUGUCAAGUUUUUUUGGCCAGCAGUUUUGAUGGCUUCAUCUGCAUGUCAAGCUGGUGCAUCUAUAAUCAAGGAAUUUGUUUUCAUUGAUGGUGCCAAACGCCUUGAGGGAAAACGGCCUGACAUAUUUGUGGUCAACUCUUUUGGGUCAGGAUUCCAGGCUCUUUUUGUUUUGCUACUCCUGCCGUUUCUCUCUAAUUUGAAAGGCAUUCCAUUGACUGAGCUCCCCGCAUAUGUAAACCGUGGUGCUGCAUGCUUUCUGAAUGUUGGUGGCAAUCUGAACGAUUGUCCUGGAGCCCCUUUGCUACCACUGCUCUUCAUAACCAUGAACAUGGCCUUCAACAUUUCUGUGCUAAAUCUGGUGAAGAUGUCUACAGCACUGGUUGCUUCGUUAACAGCAACAUUAGCAGUACCUCUUUCGAUAUACGUCCUGUCGCUUCCUCUGCCAUACAUACCUGGAGGAACAAGUUUAAGCACCUCCUUUUUGGUCGGCGCUGCUGUCUUGGUGCUUGGGUUGCUCCUAUAUAACCUUCCUCAGAACUCAGCUGAUCAAGUGAAGACAGAGUGAUCUAAAACCAAAAUACUCACAAGGAUGGCAGAAAGCUUUUGAUGCACCUUGAUACAAGACCGUGCAUUCAGUCAGCAGCACAUGUUUGUACAGAACUUCUGAAGAGUGGGACGCUCUGCAACCUGAGAGAAAUCUUUUCGGGCUGGCAGGUCUAAUAAGCUCUAGCCUAUAACGAACUCCCGGUGCCCCCAGCUCCUCUUUAGCGACUCCAGCAAGUAGCUUCAGUCUUUCUGUCAAGAGAGCGCUUGGAAAUAUCGGAAGCUCGGUGUUCAUGUGGUUGCAAAUCAUACUCCUUCCCAUCUUAUACUAAAGCAGUGACAACUAAUAUGGAGCGGAAGGAGUAUUUAUUUUCGUGAUUCAUAUCCACAUUUCAGUGUAAAGGUUGUUUCUACUUGUACGUCAAUGUAUUGCCAAAAGAAAAUGCUUUAGUACUCGUACCACCAUGCAAAUCCUCA